AUGGAGACGCAAGGGCAGUUCGUAUGGAGAUACGACAAUGCCUGGGACAAUGUGUCCAUCGACUCUAAACACUACGAUGCGAUGCGAAGGCUCUUUGUCAACAAGGGCUAUCUCAUGACAUGGAAUGGCAAUUUCUACAUAUUUGCCGCGGGCGAAAGGUGCUGGGUGCUAUUGGUAUCGGACACCGGUGCAAAAACGGUGUGCAUGUCUAUAGGCAUCGAGAAUGCUUCGACAAACUACGUGAAGGCUAUGUCGCCUUAUGCCAACUGGCUAACCAAGCACUGCGGCGAGCGGUCAUGCGGCGUGAUGCCACAGAGCGUAUGCAUAGGUACCAGGAGACUCGCGGUAUCCAUAGAUGGUGACACUCUAAACUUCAGGGAUUGCGAGGACUUGCUGCCAGGAUCCAGGAGUAGUGAUGUCAGAGCGGCACAAGCGUCUAUAUACCCCGUAACCUUCGUCAAGCUGCCUUUACAGUGGCUGUGGCCCGGAGCGGGCAAUAUAGAAACUUUUCUGUACCCACUGUUUGAUACGGACCAGGACAUGGACACAUUACGAUGGCAUGUAGGCAACAGCAUCGUAGACCCCGGAGGCACGCCCCGCGCGCUAAUAUUAUUCGGCCCGGGUGGCACAGGCAAGACUACCGUCCUGAAUACUGUCAUGGAGUGCAUGCAAGGAUGCUGCGGUAUCUUACCACCAGGCACCUUCACAAGCUAUAGUUCGGCACUCAGCCCAGAAGUAAAGUCAGAGCUUGUAGGUAGAAGGAUGGUCACGUGCGCGGACGUUGACCUAGAUACCAGACCUAUAGAUGUAAACGCUCUCAAGAGCAUAGUAGGGGCCGACUAUAUAGCUGACGGUAUGAACAGGUUCAAGCUGUCAUGCUCUCUUAUGAUGGCAAGCAACGGUCUAUCCGACCCUGGAGUAAGCUCAGAGACAUUAAGCGAUGCGGUGCUGCGCAGAGUUGUGGUUAUAAAUCUCAGAUCUACGGCCUCUAUCUUAACCAAAGUGGCCCCAUCAGAGAGACAGGAAGACAAAUUAGAUUUCAUAUGCUCGAGUAUAUAUACAAGACUCUCUCAUACGUAUGUGCCUAUAUCGCCUAGGAGCAUGCUUCUCACAAUAUGCCAGUUGCAAUGGCUAGCGGUCAGGGACCAUGUAGAAGAAUGCGACGAGCCCACCAUAGCCGACUAUCAAGACGUUCUAUCAAUAGUACACGCUUAUACUAACCUCAGUACGGAUCAAAUAAUGCACAAGGCUAUGCUCAUCAGCAGAAGCGGCGUCGUGGAAGUGCUGGGAUUUAAAUACCUCAAAGGUCUCAGACCAAGGAGACAGAGCGUGGUAUCGCCUCCGUAA